UUAAUGAUUGCGAGAGACCCAAAAGACUAGAAGAAAGACUGCAACCUACGUCUUUGGUGAUCGAAACUCAUGUGUAUGGCAGAGACAAAGACAAAGAUGAAAUACUUGAUUUAUUGUUGAAGAGUGAUGAUGAAGGAAAUUUUGUGAUUCCCAUCGUUGGGAUGGGUGGUAUUGGUAAGACGACCCUUGCUCAGCUUGUUUACAAUGAUGCUUCCAUUCAAAACCAUUUUGAACUCAAAGCGUGGGUUUGUGUUUCUGACAACUUUGAUGUCAUGAGAAUAACAAAAGAAAUCUUGCAAUCAAUCACUUCCCAACCAUGCCAUGAUAAUGAUUUGAAUACACUUCAGGAAAAGUUAAAAAUGGUGUUGUCACAGAAAAGAUUCUUGAUUGUUUUAGAUGAUGUCUGGAAUGAGAAUUAUCAUAACUGGACCAUCUUACAAUCUCCCUUUCUAACAAGGACUAAGGGAAGCAAAAUUGUUGUCACAACAAGAAAUCUUGGUGUUUCAUCAACAAUGGGUGCCUUCCAUGCUCAUUCUUUAGAGGUCUUGUCAAAUGAUGAUUGUUUUUCUGUAUUUGCUCAACAUGCAUUGGGAGCAAGGGACUUUGGAGGAUAUCCAAGACUAAAGGAAGUUGCUAAGAAAAUAGUGAGAAAAUGCAACGGUUUGCCUUUGGCUGCUAAAACCCUUGGUGGCCUUCUGCACACUAAUGUUGACCUUGAUGCUUGGGAAGAUAUUUUAGAGAGUGAGAUAUGGAAGCUAUCAGAACAUCAGUCUAGUUUGAUCCCAGCUCUACAAUUGAGUUAUCAUCAUCUUCCUCCGCAUUUGAAGCAAUGUUUUGCGUAUUGCGCCAUUAUUCCGAAAGACUAUGAGUUUGAGGAGGACGAAAUGAUCUUGCUAUGGAGGGCACAAGGCUUCCUGAAAGAAGCACCAGAUAAACAAUGCAUUGAUGAUUUGGGUCGCAAGUACUUCACAGAUCUAGUAUCACGGUCCCUUCUGCAAAUGUCCAUCAAAGAUAAUUAUCGCUUUGUUAUGCAUGACCUCAUUAAUGAUUUGGCUCAAUCAGUUGCUGGAGAAUUAUGCUUUAAGUUAGAGGGUAGUCAACAAAUUUCGAAGCAGGCUCGCCACUUAUCUUACAUUGCUGACAAAUAUGAUGGCAUCAAAAAAUUUCAAGGCAUUUCUGCAGCGCAACAAUUGCGAACUUUUUUGCCAUUGAGGUUGUCAAAAAGUGGACCAGGCUAUGUGACAGUCAUGUCUUGACAUGUUUGUUGCCAAAGUUGCGAUGGUUA